AUGUACCGGUGCCAUCCUCCUCCUGCCACCUCUCUGCCCCAGCAGGGAGUCCGGCGGCCCAGCACAGUGAGGCCGCAAGCCAUGUCAACCGAGGAACAGAAAGACAUGAAGAGACGUGCCAAGCGCCCAAGGGUUGAUCCGAAUCUCUGUUCAGAUGACUCCCAGAACCCAGAUGCAAUCGCACCUGCAAACAAUCCAGCAGUUGAUACCAGUGUGAUGGCCAGCUGUUCCUCAGGAUCAGAUAUGCAAGAGGCCAGGCAACCUGUUCAGAAGAGGAUACAGGAUUUCAAAGGUCCUGAAGGCUGUGGCAUUACCCAGUCCCUUCUGGCAAAGAGGAAGCAGUUUGCAAAGGAUAUAAAUGACUCUUUCAGAAGCCUGAACGAAAACCUCCAGAGCAUUUUCAAAACCCAGCAGAAGUCAAGGCAGGAGCUUCACUCCAUACACUCCCAGAUGUUUGAGUCCCUGUAUCAGAAGUGGCUGGGCGAUGUGGUGAGAGCAAGGGAGCAAGAAGAACGCCUCAAUCUUAUAGCUCAGCAGCAGGUGAAGGUGUUGCAGAAAGCUGUAGAGGAUCAUGAAACCAAGAUGGAGAACGCUAAAGAUAUGUGUGACACAUUUUUGAAGAAAGCCAAGGACUUGAGUGAACAACGCAAAGCGUUUAUUGGUGGUGAAAGAAGUGAAGUGAGGAAGGAAAUCUUCAAGGCGCAGGACAGAGUUAUCAUGGAAAGGCAAGAGCAAGAUGUGUCUGUUGUUGAAACGUACCUUCAAUCCCUGGUCCUUGACUGCCCCGAAGAAACCAUCUGAAGCUCACGCAAAGAUGCACAGGGAGCAUUGGCCUUGCUGACAGGAUAUUCCUAGUG